UCACUAUAAUCAGUAUAACCUCCUCCUAUCAUAGUUUGAUACAGAAUCUGAUUUUUUUGUUUAACAGUUAUUGUUAUAAUUUAAUAUACAUUUUUUUGAAAAUAUAGUUUGCAUUUCUUUAUGGAUAUGAUAGAGGACGAUGUUUCGGAUCUGUCGGACGAAGAGGUGCCUUCGCUAGUUGAGGCGAGGUUCGACCCGGUCCCUGUGACCCUGAUCACCGGUUACCUGGGCGCAGGUAAGACGACCCUCCUCAACUACAUACUCACGGAACAGCAUAACAAGAAAAUCGCCGUCAUACUCAACGAGUUCGGCGAGGGGAGCGCGAUGGAGAAGAGUUUGUCUGUUGGAGAGAAGGGCCAAUUGUACGAGGAGUGGCUCGAGCUACGUAAUGGUUGCCUAUGCUGUUCGGUGAAGGACAAUGGGAUCAAGGCGAUAGAGAACCUCAUGAAAAAGAGAGGAAAAUUCGACUACCUCCUGCUCGAGACGACAGGCCUCGCCGAUCCAGGGCCGAUCGCAACAAUGUUCUGGCUAGACAAAGAACUCUGCAGCGAUCUUGUCUUAGACGGUGUGAUCUCAGUUGUCGACGCGAAAAACGGUUUGAAUGUAUUGACGAAGGGCCGGAUGGCGACGGAAAGGCUGGAGAACGAACAUGAAUCUGCAGAUUCGCCUGUCAGGCAAGUGGCGCUAGGUGAUGUGAUACUGCUUAAUAAAACCGACCUGGCACUUCCUGAAGAGGUGGAUGCUGUAAAAGCUGCCAUAAAGUCAAUCAAUGACUCGGCGCCCAUCGUAGAAACGUCUUACUCAAAGGUGUGCCUUGAUAAGAUUUUAGACCUGAACGCAUACUCUGGCAACAAUGUAAACAGGAUUCAGUAUCUUGUUAAAGAAAUAAUAACUGCGGCUGGCGACAAUCAUGUUGAUAAAACGAUUGGCACCGUCACGCUCCGCGUUGGGAAAAUGGACAAGAAGUCGAUUGAUGACUUCGUGCAAAAGCUUCUCUGGGCGAAGGCGUUGAAGAACAAGGACGGGGAGACGGCAGAGGUCUUCCGGGCAAAGGGGGUCGUAAACACGGGCGAGGGGCAUGUCAUGCUUCAGACUGUGUACUCGACAUAUGACAUCGAACCGAUACAGAUGGACCAGACUCAGGAUACCGUUCUCGUCUUCAUCGGUAAAUUUCUCGACAAAGACUGCUUAAUGGACAUGCUCAAAGAAUUUAUAAAAACUGAGUAAUA